GGCGGAUGUGGCUUGCGGGGCCGGGGCCGGAAGCAGCUGCUCGUUGGAGUAAGGAUCUUUCUGACGAAGAGCAGCCACCUGUCUAUGUCCCAGGAAUUUCCACAGAGAGGAAUUUUAGAGCAAGACACCUGCUGAAAGGUCAGAAAGUGGAAGUGAAGGCAAAGGUGCCUGCAGCUGCUCCUCCUGCCCCAAUGGAUGCCUGGAAAAGCGCAGGCCAAGCGCCUGGGCAGCAGGUCCCUGACAAAGGAGGAAUGAAGAGUGCUUCUCUAAAGGAUUUAUGUCCUGAAGACAAGAGGCGCAUAGCAAACUUAAUUAAGGAGCUUGCAAGGUGAGGAUAAACUGUCUGAUAAUGCAUCAGGUUUAGGAUGAGACUCUCUUUCCAAUUACUGUUAUGAAAUUUAAGCGUUCAUGUUUAUUAAAAGCAUACAGUGGUACCUCGGGUUAAGAACUUUAUUCAUUCUGGAGGUCC